CCGCCGCCGGCCAUGAUGCAGCCACCUCUGGAUCUCAAGCCCUUCCUCUCGUUCCCCAUGGAGGCGCAGCCAGCCGUGGGUCUUUUUCCAGGUUUCAACACGAUGGACCCAGUGCAGAAAGCAGUGAUCAACCAUACGUUUGGGGUCCCUGUAACCAAGGCCAAACGCCCCAUCAUCUCCUGCAACGUCUGCCAGAUCCGUUUCAAUUCUGAGAGCCAGGCUGAAGCACACUACAAGGGGAACCGGCACGCCCGACGAGUAAAGGGAAUCGAAGCAGCCAGAACGCGGCAGAAGGAAUCGGGACCCCGGGAGGGAGACAAGCCAGGAUCUGCAGGCAGUCCAUCCUCCAGCACUGGAGAAAGUGAUUCUGACCGCACAGGUACAAAGCACAAGACUAUCCUGGAAGCGCGCAGCGGACUGGGGCCUAUCAAAGCGUAUCCACGUCUUAGUCCCACAACUGGAGGGGAACCAGGCAACCAAGACCCCAGUGCUCAGGAGAGAACCUUCCACUGUGAAAUCUGCAAUGUCAAAGUUAACUCUGAGAUCCAGCUCAAACAGCAUAUUUCCAGCCGGCGGCACCGGGAUGGAGUUGCUGGGAAGCCUAAUCCCUUGUUGAGUCGGCACAAGAAGCAGCGUGGCAUGGCAGAGCUGCCAGGCUCCCUGGCCUUUUCCAAGGAGCUUCCCAAGUCCCUGGCAGCUGGAUUGCUACCAAAUCCCCUGGCUGUAGCAGCUGCCUUAGCAGCAGCAGCUUCCACACCCCUGACGCUGCGGCCAGCCCCAACACCAUCCCUGCUGCAGGGCCCACCUCUGACACACCCACUCUUGCGCCCGGCUCCGGGGCCCAUCCGAACUGCACAUGGACCCAUCCUCUUCUCACCAUACUGAUGCUGCCCAUCCACUCACCUGCCUGCCA